CGCCCCCUUGGUUGAGUACCCUUUUGGGUCGUUCCGAAGUUUGGAAUUAUUAUUAUUUUUUUGCAAUUUUGCAGCGGCUGCAAAAGGAGUCAGCGCCUUUUGGGAGCGGUAAGUUAAGUCGGGGAUUUGGGAGAAGGGGGCGAUCGGAGGCGAAGCGGCGGAUGGAGGGGAAUCCGAAGCAAGGAGUAAACAAGAUGCACACCGCUCUCCCCGCCUUCCUUUCCCACGCCUGCCAAAUCAAAAGGGAGAGCUUGUUAGCUGGUCUUCGCUGGGCCACAUACCCCACCGCGUGCUCUUGCGGAAAACAGAACCUCCACCUACAGGUGCAGUGUACCCCUGUAGGCCAGACGCUGUGCGGAACGGGGAGGAAAGAACAGCAACAACCAAAAAAAAAUCAGGGUAGGGUUGUUGCUUUAAUCUUUCGCUUGCAGGCUUCAGAACAUAAGCAGAGAUGAGCUGGAACACCGCUGGGAAGUUUUUAGUUGUUGUGUGUGUUGUGUUUUCUUUUUUAAAAAAACCACCUUUAUUGAAAUUUCAAAUAGUACAUAAUUAUACGUGCACUAAACAUGGUGAGACGUAAAUAAAGAAGAGAAAAGGAGAAAGAGAAACAACCUAUGUAGAAGGGAAAAUAAAGGGGGGAGGGGAAAACCCAAAACUAUAUAUUUUUGCAAGGUUGUUAUUGUUCUUCACCAGAUCUUAACCUAUUACAGUAUAUGUAAGAACGGAUUUCAAAUACAGUGGUACCCCUGGUUAAGUACUUAAUUCGUUCCGGAGGUCUGUACUUAACCUGAAACUGUUCUUAACCUGAAGCACCACUUUAGCUAAUGGGGCCUGCUGCUGCCGCUGCGCUGCCAGAGCAUGAUUUCUGUUCUCACCCUGAAGCAAAGUUCUUAACCUGAAGCACUAUUUCUGGGUUAGCGGAGGCUGUAACCUGAAGCGUAUGUAACCCGAGGUACCACUGUAUCAUUGAAUUUGUUCAUGGCAAGUCUGUGUUUAUAUGCAAGUUGUUGUUAUGUUGUGAGUUUGUGUGUAAGUCUUCAGUCCAAUUGUAGAAGGGAGCUGCAUUUUUAUUUUUUCAAUUCAUCAGUACAGUCAUAUCUCGUGUUGUGUCCGCUUCAUGUUGCAUCUUUUCGCGUUACGUCCCGCGGCAACCCGGAAGCACCGGAAUGGGUUACUUUCGGGUUUCGCCGCUCACACAUGCGCAGAAGCGCUAAAUCACGCUAUGCGCAUAAGCACCAAAUCACGCCGUGCGCCUGUGCAGACGCAGCACUUUGAGCUGAGGGCAUUUCAUGUUACAGACGGGCCUCCAGAAUGGAUCCUGUCCGUGACACAAGGUACCACUGUAUCAGUCUUUUUGCUGUGGUAAGGGCACGGAGAGUCCACUCCUAUUGUCCUUUUGUAAGGUUCCAUGUCCUGGGUAUAUAAUUCAAGAGGAUAUUUUGCUCUGUAAAUGUAAGGUUGUUCCGUACAGUUCUGUUGAUGGUUUCAGUUACCUCCUGCCAAAAUUAUUUCAAUAUAGGACAAUGAAAAAACAUGUUUUAAAGAAGCAUUAUCCCUAUUGCAUCUCCAGCAGAACGUAAGCAGAGACUAGCUGGAACACCGCUGGGAAGUUUUUAAAAUAAAAAAAUCCUUCCAGUAGCACCUUUAAGACCAACUAAGUUAGUUCUUGGUAUGAGCUUUCGUGUGCAAGCACACUUCUUCAGAUACACUGAAACAGAAGUUGCCAGAUCCUUCUAUAUAGUGAGAAGGUGGGGAGGGGUAUUACUCAGAAGGGUGGUGGGAAUUGGAGAUUGGCAGAUAGCUGAGAUGAGCCUGCUGACGACUCUUAACGACUGUAAUAGGUCUUACAGGAAAAGGCAAGGGGUGAGAAGGUGAGAAAUGGCUUAGUCAUGUAUAAUGGGAUAAGAAUCCAAUGUCUUUGUUCAAACCAGGUUUCUCCAUGGUUUUAAGUUUGGUAAUGAGUUGCAAUUCAGCAGCUUCUCUUUCCAGUCUAUUUCUGAAAGUUUUUAGUUUAGUUUUUAGUUUAGAGAACUAAAGUUUUUAGUUUAGAGAAAAAGUUUUUAGUUUAGAGAAAAAGGAAAGGGAGGUGCAGGAUGGAGGUGUAUAAAGUUAUGCAGAGAGAAUAUUUUCUCCCUCUCAGUUCUAGAACUCCGGAACAUCCAACGAAGCUGAAUGCUGGAAGGUUCAGGCAGAUGAAAGUACUUUUUCACCCAGUGCAGAGUUUAACUACAGAAUUCGCUCCCUUGAGCUGCUGUGGAUGAUCACCAACCUGUACUGGUGUAAACGAUUAGAUAAAUUCAUGGGGGAUAAGGCUUUCUACUUUCCAUAGCCGCUGGCCUGCCACAGCAUGGGCCUAGCAGGGAGGGGGUCAGCUGCUCCUCCAGUAAAUAAAUAAAAAUACUUAACAAACUGGCCAAUCGCAUCACAGCUUGGUUCUGCCCCCCCAAAAAAGUCCUGUCCCCCAAACAUAAAUUAUGGCUACGCCCAUGAGUCACGAUGGUUAUGCUUUACCUCUGCUGUUGAAGGCAAUAUAUACCAGGUGAUGGAGACCACAGAAAAGGAGGUUUCCAUCUCGAACUGUCGGCUUCCCUUUGAUGCAUCUGUUUGGCAACUGUGAGAACAGGAUACUGGCCUAGAUGGGCCAUGGGCCUCCUCCAGCAAUGCUCUUUCUAUGUUCUUGGACUGAGGCUCCGUCCCGAAACUGCAUCUGAAAGAAAUGGGCGUUGCUGUUCUUUUGCAAGGGGGGAGUGAUAAAUUUUAUUCUUUCAGCUUUACAAAAUAUGACAUUUAGAGCACUGCAAACACUAUUUGAAUGUUCAUAUAUGAUUGACCAUUCACAAAAUGCUACUCAUUUAAGAUAUCCACCUCCUGGCUUAAUAGGACAGUUAAAGCAUCACAAAACCCACUUUCAAUGCUUUCUCCUUCAAACUUCUCAGCCAAAUAUUUGACUCCCAGAACCUAUGGCUUUGCUGCUGCUUCCGUUGUUGUGGGUUUCUCGUUAAAGCCAGCAGGUUUGGCUGGCACCAGCUGUUCCCAAAUCUGCUUUAAGAAUUCAUAUUUGCUUGUCUUUGAGCUUCUGUUCCUCAUCCUCUCUCUCUUUCUCAUUACAUACCGUACAUUUCAUUUAUGUUUGCACCCCAACAUAUGCACACAAAUCUCUUUGUGCUCUGGGUGUAAUUUGGGCUCCAGGAGGAAGUUUAUGGAGGUUCUUGAUGGAGAGAAAAUAGGGGAAAUGUUGGGAAUGCGAUAUCAGAAUGCAACCAUGCAGCUGACAUGAUCAAAGGGACAGUGCAUCUUCCCUGCAUGGAGGGGGUGGGGAAUUAUUAUUUUUUGGCCUCUGGCUUGGAUAGCUCUGUCCUUAAAGCAGGAGACCUAUCUCAGAGUUGUGGGUUCAAGCCCCACGUUGGGCAAAAAGAUACCUGCAUUGCAGGGGGUUGGACUAGAUGGCCCUUGUAGGUCCUCCAAACUCUACAAUUUUGUGAUUCUGUGUGACCGUUCCUUCCCCAGAAGGGAUUGCAGCCCUCAGAUCGAAAAAGUUCACCCACCUCUUCUGGACGGUGAACAGCCUUUCUGAUGUGCUUGCCUUUGCCACGAGUAGCCACGUGAGGAGGCGACGCUGUUUAUAGGUUUUGAAUUUGGUUUUCAAUGUUUUAUCUACGUUCUUCUCUCAUUUUUUAAUUGUAUUGCUUUAUCACUGAUGGUUUUGCCGCCUUUGGGAGGAAGAUCUGGAAAUACAUUCCAAUUAAACAAUCGAUGGGCAGCAUUUAACCAAGUCCCAUUGCAAUUAAUGAGACUGAGCUGGUUUGGCAUGUCAAUUUCCCUGGGUCUGCUUUCAGUUGGAUGAGCAAUAAAUAAAACCCAAUAAGAAUUCCCUGCGAAGAUGUUCAGAACUUGUCUUCCAGAUUCCCAGACUAGAGGCGCUCUUCUGCAGCUCUUUGAGGGUUAAAUCCACCGAGCUGCAAUUGCUAGAGAGGGAGGAGGCUUGGGAGGGAAGGGAGGGAAGAAUGGGAUUGCAUUCAUGAAUGCCACUUCCUGUCUGCUGCCUUUGCCAACUGGGAUUUUGAAUUAUCUUUGCAAGCGGCUGGAGAAAGAUGUCUCAGAGCAGUGAAUUGAAGGUACCCGGGAUGAUGGGUGGAGAGGAGGAGGAGGAGGAGAAAAAAACAAUGGGGAGGAAAAGGCAGAUUGGGGGCAGGGGCAGGAAAAGCGGAUUUGGGCAGGCAAGUCGAAAAGUGCUGUGGAAAAAUCCCAUAAUAACUAAAGAGGCAGGAAAUCGCUCCCUGGCACGGUCUGGUAACAAGAAAGAGGGAAAUAAACACAAUCAGUGCCUCUUGGGCUCAGAAGCUGAGAGAAGGGAUGCCUGAACUAAUAUAUAUGCAUUUCAAGAGAGAUCCUUUCCCCCUGGGGAUUGGGACUAAGCUGGGAACAACCUCUGUCGAAUUGGCCCUGCAGCAUCUUACGUGGGUGUUCUAGAUGUGGGAUGUUUGUGAAUUCUUUCCAUGUUGCUCUUUAAUCUUUUAUUACUUGUGCGGUAGGAGAGAGCUGAAUUCAGCAGGAGUGGCACAUCUCACUGCCGUGAAAAUUAAGAACUACCUUAACUACCACAGACUAGUGGUCUGUGUGGGCCAGAAUAUUCUACAUCGGCAAUGGCUCAUCCCAGGGGCAUUUCUGGGUACCUUAAAAACUUGGGGAAGGGAUGUAGCUCAGUGGUGGAGCAUUUCCCUUGCAUGCAGAUGUUUCCAGGCAUGUCUAGGUAGCACUGGGAGAGAGUUGUGGCCUGGAUUCUGGUCUGACUGUAACAGAUUACAGAACUGGGUCCAAACUAACAAAAUGAAUUUCCAUAGGGACAAAGUUCUGCACUUGGGCAGGAAGAACCAGAGGCACAAAUAUAAAUAUGGAGGACACUUGGCUUAACAGUAGUCCAUGUGAAAAGGAUCGAGGGGUUCUGAGUAGACCACCAGCUUAACAUGAGUCCACAUUGUGAUGCAGCAGCAAAAUAAGCUAACGCUAUUUCAGGCUACAUCUGUAGAAGUAUAGCGUCCCGAUCAAGGGAAGUCAUAGUACCGUUCUAUUCUACCUUGGUCAGACAUUUGGAGUACUGUUUCCAGUUCUGGGCACCAUAAUUUAAGAAGAAUACUGACAGGUUGGAACAUGUGCAGAGGAGGGUGAUCAAGGGUCUGGAAACCAAGCCUUAUGAGGAACAGUUGAGGAAGUUGGGUAUGUUUAGUCUGGGAAAAACGAGACGGAUAGCCAUCUUCAAAUACCUAUAAAGGGCUGUCACGUGGGAAAUGGAGCAAUCUUGUUUUCUCUUGCUCAGGAGGUAGGAUUCAAACCAUUGGCUUCAAGUUACAAGAAAGGUGAUUCCAACUAACCAUCAAGAAGAACUUUCUGAUGUUGAGAGCUGUUCAUCCGUGGAACAGACUCCCUCUGGAGGUUGUGAACUCUGCUUUCUUGGAGGUUUUUAAGCAGAGGUUGGAUGGGAAUCUAUCAUGGAUGUUUUAGUUGAGAUUCCUGCAUGUCAGAGCAUUGGACUAGAUCACCCUCAGGGUCCCUUCAGACUCUACCAUUUUAUGUUUCUGAAACAAUUUUUCACUUUCCGAAAGAAUGCAUGAACUGAAAUACACGGCUGUUGUUUGAAACCCACACUUUGCUGAAUUUUGCAGAGCAAAAGUAGUUGUCAAGUAGUGUGUGCAGAAAUGCAUGCACUGGGAUAAAGCGUUCAUAUACAUGCAUAUGCUGGCAAAAAUGAUGCACACAACUGCAUUAUGCCAGGGGAAAUAGCUUUGGUAUAUUUAGCAAACUUGCACACAAAAAAGGUGUAUGUUAGGAGACAUUUGCACUAAAAUGCUGUUGAAUUUUCAUGCUUUAAAAGAAAAUUGCAAACUGGCAAAGAGAACUUAAGAUUGGACAAUGAAAGACUUAAAGAAAAAAUUGCCCAUCUCCAGUGCCCCCAUAUGGUUAAAUAAUAAAGGAGACAAGGAACAGGAGAUUCGGCCCCCAGUGUAAAAUACCUGGGGCUCACUGCCCCUUGGGCUGUGCCCUAAUAAGACCCCUGGCUAUUCCUAUCACCUGCUACUUGUUCUUCGCUUUAGCUGACUCCCAGCAAAACAAUACAGCCUUGUAGCAAUUUAGGGACUAACACAUUAUUAUCACUAUUAUCACUGCUUUUUUUCUGGGAGGACACAGGGGUAUGCCUAAACAUUUUGUGAAUCUUUGCACUUUUGUCCAUUUACUGCAUUUAUUUUUCUCAGUUUGAACUAUAAAAUGGUGAUUUUCUUGAGUCAAAAUGAGAGUACCCCUAAACAUUUUUUUAGGAAAAAAACACUGAGUAUUAUUGGUGGUAGUAGUACUAGUAGUAUUAAUUACUUAGUUGCUUGUUACCAAAAAGUUAAUACUACUAGUACUACUACCACCAAUAAUACACAUAACAGCAUAAAUACAUUAUGCUGUUAACAGAGUUCAUAUAAGACAGCUGCAUAAUUAUGCAUAUUAUAAUUUUUUGUAGGAUAUUAUCCACUUAAUCAGAUGCAUGAAGUAUUUAUCCUGAGUUGCAGGUGUAUGUGGGCAUGUGUGAUACAUAAAACACACCCUCGCACAGGCACACAUGGUAGUGGGAUGUGCAAGAUGGGGAUUGUAAAUAGUGAGGUCAGAAGGAACAGAAAUGCAGAAGAGUAUGGGCGAUGUUUAACCAUGGCCAUUCACAGAAAAAUAAUAAUGGUUUGUUCAUUUAUAUAUCUAUUCUGCUCAGGGCAUCAGACAGCAACAAGAGAAAAACAGUACGAUACAAAGGAAAAUAGAUUUAAAUAAAGGUUUAAACAUUUUUUUUAAUCUAAUUUUUUUUGGGAACAUUUGGAACACCUAAAACAAUUAAAUUUGAUAUCACUGGCAUCCUGGCAUUGGAAAGGCAAUUGACACAUGAGGUAUGAUGAAAGAAAACAAGGAAUUCUAAGACUUUGUUCAAAUCUAAUCCAUAAACUGAACCUCUUGAGGAACUGUAAUUUGGAAGUUUUACAUGGCAGUUGCCAUUUCAAGUUCCUUUGUUCCAGGAUUAUUGCUUUAAUGGUGGUUACAGAGUGUCCUGGAAGAUGAAAAUGUCCUCCCCACACCAGGGUUUUGGAUAUUGCCAAUUUUGUUGUCAGAUUUUUGUCCACUUGUUCUUUUCUGUAGACCAGGGAUGGUAAACCUGGGGUGCUCCAUAUCUUGUUGAACUCUCAACUUCUGUCAGUCCCAGCCAGCUUUUAGCACAUACUGAUGGGAUAAGGGAUUUUGGGGAGUUGUGGUCCAGCAACACCCCAAUGUUUCCACCCCUGGUGUAGACUCCACACUGUAGAGCCCUAUGUUAUAUAUCCUCUGUAGAAUGCAGAACAGUGCCAUUGGCAGAUGGUGGGGCCUUGUGCACUGCCGCUGAAUAGCAGUAAUAAUAAUAUCACCUUCCACACGUGUCUCAAAGCGCUGUACAGUAUACUAAAAUGGCUGAAAACAACACAGAAAACAACAGCAGAUAAAUUUAAAAACAAUACCAGCUAAGCGAGGUCUGUUUAUCCAGCUAGGAAAGUUUGCUGGAACAGAAAAGUUUCAGUUUGUUUCCAGAAAGUGUAGAUUGCGGAUGCCUGUUGUAUCUCGAGAAUAAUACUAUUACAUGGGACAGCAGAAGACACACUAAAAUCCUGUGGAGCAGGAUUCUGCUAUAACAAUAACAAUAUAUUUAUACCCUGCCCAUCUGGCUGGGUUUCCCCAGCCACUCUGAGUGGCUCCCAACAAAAUAUUAAAAACACGGUAAAACAUCAAAGAUUAGAAACUUCCCUAAACAGGGUCUAUUUUUGGAACUUGCAGGCAGGGCUGCCUCAGGCAGCAGAAUCCAAGGGGCGCCUCCCUGGCAUGCCCCCACUGCCAAAUAUUUGGGGGCAGUUCUUUUUUCUGGGUGUAUUCAAGGGUGUGCAGUACCGGCACCUUUCUCCCACAAAUGUUAAAAGUGUAACUUACUGUAACAAGUUCACGGUGAGUACUGGAAUCUUUUUUCCUUAAAAAAAAGAUCUUUGGGGGGCACGUAGGCUUCACCCCACAUAAUCAAUUGCAAGACGCAGUACACAAACAACAUUUGAAUAGCAAUUACCAUCAACAUGAGGGGCGGCCCCCUCAAAUAUUUUAUUGGGGGGGGGGACAGGACCUUGGCCCCUAAGAGUUUGCUCCUAUGAUGCUAGAGAAGUGAGGAGAAGCUGAUCUAGUGGCUUCUGGGUUUUAGGGAGAACUUGCAAGAGUCCUGCAAGAUCACACGGGGAGGCUCCUGCAGUGCUUUCUCAUGAUCUCGCCAGAACGCAGAAGCUGCAGCCGUGUAAGUGGGGCUUUGGUGAGGGCGGCAAGCGGGGUCCAUGGCAUGAAUGCAAAGCGGCACCUUCCCAUUUUGCCUCAGGCGGCGAAACAGGACAAGCUGCCUCUGCUUGCAGGAGAAGCUCUCCUGCCAUUGCUGUUACCUCUCAGGUGCCUCUCAGGUAGCCUCAUCUCUGAGCUUACCUGUUAUGUGUUAGUACCAACACCUUGAACUCAGCAGGUAUCAGAUUGGCAGCCACUGCAAAUACUGCAGACAAGGUGUUACAUACUGGCAACCUGCUGUGGCCUCUUUUCUUCCUCAGAAGUAGCCAGUGGAGAAAUUGAGGAGGGGCAGGAAUAAGCCAGAGUUGCAGCACAGUCAUAAGGGUGGGUCUGUGAAUCAGUGACUGCCAGCCCCCAAUAAUUAUUUGCAAGGAUAUUUGGGGAAGGGCUGUAGGUAGCUCAGUGGUAGAGCACAUGCGUCCCAUGGAAAAGGUCCCAGGUUCGAUCCCCCACAUCUCCAGGUAUUUAUUGUUGUUUCUUAGAUUGAUUUACCGCCUUUCAUCAUAAGAUCUCAGGGUGGUUUACAAAAUAAAAUACAGGAUAAAAACACAAGUAAACAAUUAAAACAAAACAGCAAAACAAUAGUGCCCCCCCUUCCUGCAGAUACAGUGGUACCUCGGGUUACAUACGCUUCAGGUUACAGGCUCUGCUAACCCAGAAAUAGUGCUUCAGGUUAAGAACUUUGCUUCAGGAUGAGAACAGAAAUCAUGCUCCGGCGGCACAGCAGCAACGGAGGCCCCAUUAGCUAAAGUGGUGCUUCAGGUUAAGAACAGUUUCAGGUUAAGUACGGACCUCCGGAACGAAUUAAGUACUUAACCCAAGGUACCACUGUACAUUUAAAAGGCUGUAGAAUAUUAAUCAGCAAAAGGCCUGGUUGAAAAGGAACGUUUUUGCCUGGCACCUAAAAAUAUACAGUAGUACCUCAGGUUAAGUACAUAAUUCGUUCUGGAGGUAUGUUCUUAACCUGAAACUGUUCUUAACCUGAAGCACCACUUUAGCUAAUGGGGCCUCCUGCUGCCGCCGCGCCGCCAGAGCACAGUUUCUGUUCUCAUCCUGAAGCAUCUUAACCUGAGGUACCGUAUUUUUCGCACCAUAGGACGCACCGGACAAUAGGACGCACUUUGUUUUAGAGGGGGGAGAACAAGAAAAAAAAAAUUCUCCCCCUCUCUGCCCAGCGCCCCUUCAGCGAAGCGGCAGGAGGCGCUGCACAGAGAGGGGGAGAACUUUCCCCCUCUUGUUUUCCCGCUCUAAAACAAGGUGCCGUUUAAGGUGCGUUCAGGCGGCUACCUUGGAAGCCUGGAGAGCGAGAGGGGUCGGGAGCAGCGGAAAGGCUCCUGCGUCACCUCUCCAGCUGGGAGAGGGUCGCGGGGGGCUUCUUUAGCCAGGCAACCCUGUUGCACAGAGGUUUUGCUUUUGAGGCACCUGCUUGGACACCAUGAGGACAGGGCUCUUGUUAAGACCUCACGAACUACAUGGACCAGAGGUCCAGCUCUGAAGAGUGUAGCUUCCGACUUCCCUCUCCUUCAUUUGUUGCCUGGUAUUCAAAAGUACAAAAAAUAAUAAUCAAAAAAAUUAGGAUGCGGGUGGUGCUGUGGGUUAAACCGCAGAGCCUAGGACUUGCAGAUCAGAAGGUCGGUGGUUUGAAUCCCCACAAUGGGGUGAGCUCCUGUUGCUCAGUCCCUGCUCCUGUCAACCUAGCAGUUCGAAAGAACGUCAAAGUGCAAGUAGAUAAAUAGGUACCGCUCCGGCGGGAAGGUAAACGGCAUUUCCGUGCGCUGCUUUGGUUCAUGCUGGCCACAUGACCCGGAAGCUGUACGCCGGCUCCCUCGGCCAAUAAAGCGAGAUGAGCGCCGCAACCGUAGAAUCAGUCAUGACUGGACCUAACGGUCAGGGGUCCCUUUACCUUUACCUUUAUUCAAAAGUACAUUGUCUCUGACUCCACAGGUUUCAUCUUGCAGCUGUGGCUAAUGGCUGCCGAGGCUGGAUGUGGUUCUGGGGGAAGGUGGGGUGGCCAGAGAGAGAGACUGCCUUUUUCCCGUUGCUGCUUUUUGACCCAUAAAAGCUGCUGUUUGUUGGGAUGACGAGCAAUGGGUGGGGGAGCACUCUGCAUAUUAGAAGUGCUCUGUCAAAUCCUUUUAUUAGAUUAAUAAAAAGCAAGGCAGUCUCUGGCUCUAGGCUAAGCGCACCAAUGAAGAAGCAGCAGGCCCCAGAUGCAUCAGAGUGCAUGCCUCCCUUUUAACCCCCACCCAAAAUAAAACAGGAUAGGAUACACUGCGCUCCCCGCCCCUUGCAUCCCUAUUCUGGAUGGCGAAGGGCCUCUUCUCGGACCAGCUAUGUAGACUCCCCACCACACCCUGAGACAUACACCUCUUUCAGCAAGAUCUGUGCCUAUUUUAUUUUUAUUUUUUUAAAAUCCCAGCCUGCAUUUUAUGACCCGAAUAGCAGGGUACAAAUUAUAACAGCAGUAAAGUGCUGGUGGAGGAAAGCUGGAUUUACCACUGCAGCAGCCAAUGUGGCAAGGCAGAGCUCUCAAAAUAAUUACACAAGCAGAGAGAGAGAGAGGGAGGGAAGGAAGGGUAACUUAGCUCAGAGUAUCUGCUGGGUGUGCAGGAGGUCCCCAGGUUCAAUCCCUGGCAGUUCCAGGUAGGGCUGGGAAAGACUCCCUGCGCACAUUCUCCCUAUACAGUUAAAGGACUUGGAUGCCACUUUAAGCAGUCUUUACCUUUAAGGUAAAGGUAAAGGUACCCCUGCCCGUACGAGCCAGUCGUGUCCGACUCUAGGGUUGUGCGCCCAUCUCACUUAAGAGGCCGGGGGCCAGCGCUGUCCGGAGACACUUCCGGGUCACGUGGCCAGCGUGACAAGCUGCAUCUGGCGAGCCAGCGCAGCACACGGAAACGCCAUUUACCUUCCCGCUAUAAAGCGGUCCCUAUUUAUCUACUUGCACCCGGGGGUGCUUUCGAACUGCUAGGUUGGCAGGCGCUGGGACCGAGCAACGGGAGCGCACCCCGCCGCGAGGAUUCGAACUGCCGACCUGAUGAUCGGCAAGUCCUAGGCGCUGAGGUUUUACCCCCAGCGCCACCCGCGUCCCGUUAAGCAGUCAUGGCUUCCCCCAAAGAAUUCUGGGAGGUGUCAUUUGUUAAGGGUGCUGGGAGUUCUAAGGAGAUACCCUAUUCCGCUCCCAGAGCUACAAUUCCCAGAGUUCCCUGGGAAGAGGGAUUGAUUGCAAAACCACUCUGGGAAUGGUAGCUCUGUGAAUAUUGGAGUAUGUGAAAAAUUGCAUUGAAAACGAGCUUUUUCAUUAGGAUUUCCACCCCCCACAAAAUUUGGCAGAUUUCUACGGAAAUGUGAAGAAUUGGAGGUGAGAAAAACGAGAAGCAUAGAACUGAAAUGAACAGAUUUUGUCUAUCUCUAUCCAUCUCUAUGUUUUCGGGUUCAAGUUUCUAAUGCUUUUACUUAAAGGUUCAAACCAUACAUUUAAAUUACUAUGAUACUGCUGUCAACAGUGCUGGCUUCUCCCAAAUAAUUCUGGGAGCUGUGGUUUGUGAAGGGUGCUGGGAAUUACACUUCUCAGAGUUCCCUGAUGGUUAUACCAAUGUGAUGGGAAAAGGGAGGCUCCUAACAACUCGAAGCGCCCAGAAUUCUGAAGCCAUGGCUGUUUAAAAUGGUAUCAUAUAGUGCAUGAGACAUAUGAAGUGAAUGUGGCCUCCAUGACCCAACUGUAUUGCUGUGGAAGCAAGCUUUGUGCUUCCACAGGGCUCUUCCUGGGCCACCACCUCCAAUCGCUAAAGCAGGGUGGGGAGCCUGGGGCCCCCCAGAUGUACGACUCCCACUCCCAGCAGCCCCAGCCACCGUGGCCAAUGAUCAGAAUAAUGGGAGUUGCAAUCCAGCAACAUCUGGAGGGCCACAGAUUCCCCAUUCUUGUGCUAAAGUUUGUGUAAUAUAUCUGGUUUCGGUAGAGAGCCUGAUCAUAGUCAUCACACGUGUGCACAGACUUUUCACUGAGUCGCGGAUGUUGCCCUCUGCAUUUCACUCUUCAUCCAAAGCACAGGAGAGCGAUGAAGCACACUGUAGUUCACAAAAGCUUGUGCCAUAAUAACAGUAUUAAGUCUUCGAGGUGCCACAAGGCUCUUUGUUCUUUUUUGCAGAAUAAAGUGUGGCAAAUGUCAGUGUAGAACCACAGAAGUGUAUCACAGCAGCCACAAAAUUAAGCUAGGAAUUGGGAAUGUGCCCUAGUAAAUAUCCGCUUAGAUGCAAGCUCAUUAGGAGGCCUUAAGCAAGCCUCCCCUACUCUUUUUCUUUUUUCUUUUUUUUUAAAAUAAGCUUAAAAGAAUUGUAUCAGGUUUGCUUCUUUUCUUCCUGGCAGAGGUUCUGUGUCUGACUUUUUAAGAGGUGCGCAUAACUGGCAGGGACUCUUAAGAUUAUUAUUUAUUUAUCUCAUUUAAUGGUUUGGCGCCCUGCUUUUCUUGUAAAAUAAAACCAAAGCAGCCCGCACCAGGGAAUCAACAGAUUAAAGCCAUUCAUCAUUAAAAACAAUAAAAGCAGCAGAACUGAAGCAGAUCGCAAAAGUAACAAAGAGGCCAGCAAAAUAAAAUCGGUCUGUAAAAUGGUAACAAAAUUGCGGGGGUGGGGUGGGGUGAGGAGGUGGCAGCAUUGCAAAGCUACUCGGAGCUGCUGCCAAAAGCUUUUAAUUGGUGAGGAAUAAUAAACCAGGGCUACUCUCCUUGGUGUGAGGCUUCAGAAAGUAGGUGAUCAUGGAGCAGGACCUCCAUUGCUGAGAAGAGAGUACGCGGCGUGUAAAGUGCCAGCUGGAGCCACCAACCUUUUGGGGCUGGUGGGCACACUGGGAAUUUUGAGAAAUCACCAUGGGCACCAGUCACAAAAUGGCUGUCAUGGAUGCAUGACAUAACACAAGAUGGCUGCCAUGGGAACGUGGCGUGAGACAAAAUGGCUGCCACAGCUGAAAGAGAAGGAAGAGAGACAGGAACACAAAAUGGAGCGGAUAUGUGCCCCAUCCUCAAAUCUGGCACCCCGUCAAAUGAGGAAAGGGGUCUAAACCAACCACCGCUGUGGUCGCUCACUGAGCAAAGCUCUUUGCACCUCUCUUCUGUUCAGAAUAGGAGGGAGAGAAGGGGUUCAGUUCUGGCGUUCGGUAAAAAUGUGGGCAUGGGAAUGUGUGUGCUCAGUGUAGGGGAUGCUGAGCCAAAGUAAACAGUCCCUCAUGCAUCGUGUACUCAGCAGGAUAUUUGCUGAGACCUUUUGUGCAUGCCUUAGGGAGGUACGUGUGGCUGGGCCGUCAAGUGCAGUGGAGGACCUCCAGGUCACAUCCACACCAUACAAUUUGAGCACUCUUAAGCCCACUUUCAAUAGUCAUGGCUUCCCCCAAAGAAUCUUGGGAACUAUGUCCAGGGUCCUGACGGUUGUUAGGAGAACCCCCUCACAGAGCUACAGUCCAUAACAGGCUUAACAAACUACAGUUUUCACAUUUGGCGGGGGUGGGUGGGUGGGAGGGAGGACACACAAUGACUGUUAAAACUAGUGUUAUAAACAUGUGGUGUGACCCCCAGUCAUAUCCACUUGUAGUUGCAUUAAAUGAGGAAAGGCGCCAUAUUGUCCUUCCGCCUCAGGCAGGGAAAGGCCUCAAGCCAGCCUUGUAGGUGAUAGAGGCAAUUUUGCUGUGCCUCGCCAUAUUCAUGAACAUCAGCUUUAUGCUUGUAGCGUUGGAGAACGCUUGCUAUUAUUUAUUUAAAUUCCAUUUAAUAAUUGCUUCCCAGAAAAUGCCUCGAAGCAAUUUCACAAUGAAAACCAGCAGCAAUAAAAGCAAUUGCACAGUGACCUAUAUAUUAAAAUGAAAAACAACAACGCAAGGGAGAACAACAACAACUAGAAACGCUUUCAUAUGUAAAAGCAAUUAAAAACCACUUUUGUAUGUAAAAUCAAUUUCAAAUCCGACGCCGAUAGAAAAUGGGAUAAAUAUCUCCACUUAAAAGGCUCUUUGAAAAAGGAAGGUCUUCGAUAGGCAAUGGAGACUUUGCUUGUCUGAUCUGUAAUGGGGAAGGGGCUUCUGAGGGCAGGUACCAACAUGCUAAAGGCCCGAUUCCUAUAUCGUGAUGUGGUAAUAACUACAGAAGGUCCUCUCCUGCAGAGUACAGGGAUCAGAGAUCUCAAGCCCUUACUAAAAUAACAUGAAGAAUCAGAAAAUGAAUGGAAAUUAAGCUUUCUGUUGCAAGGAAGGCAGCCUCUCUUGCACUAAAGUUAUUUGGAAUCCAUUGCAGAACAACUGUGGUGGAGAUCCUGGGUUUUACUGAGUAGACCCACUGAAAUUAAUGGACCUUCGUUAGUUGUGUCUGCUCUGGGCAUGACUAACACUGGAUAUGCAUGAGGGCGCAUAUCCGAUGGGCUUGCCGAGCAGAAGGUCAGCGGUUCGAAUCCCUGCGACGUGGUGAGCUCCUGUUCUGGUUAAGCUUCUGCCAACCUAUCAGUUCGAAAGCACACCAGUGCAAGUAGAUAAAUAGGUACUGCUGCGGCAGGAAAGUAAGCAGCAUUUCCUUGUGCUCUGGCUUCCAUCAGGGUGUCCCGUUGUGCCAGAAGCAGUUUAGUCAUGCUGACCCGGAAAGCUGUCUGUGGACAAACGCCUGCUCCCUUGGCCUGAAAGCAAGAUGAGCUGCGCCACACAACAGUCACUUAACCAUCCAGGAGUCCUUUACCUUUUACUUUUUUUUUUUUUAAUUAAUAUUUAUUGCAUUUUAAAGGAUUACAAAAAGAAAAAGUUAAAAAACAGCAUAAUUAAGAAAUACAAAACAUCACAUCACGAUAAUAUAAAAAAAAAGAAGAAACAAGAAGAAAAAAAGAAAAAAGAAAAAAUACAAUACAUCUUCCCAUAACUUAUCUUUCAUUUGCUUAUUUCCUUGAUCUCCUCACACCUCCCUUUUUUGUAUUCUAGUUCAAUUAGCUAUUUCAGCAAAUCCUUUCCAUCUUUUCCAGUUUUUGUCCUCUAUUUCUAUCUUAAUAUAAUGUAACUUUACUUUCCCUCCUUCACCAUUUAGCAAUCUAUUUUUCCUUAAUCCUUUAUAGCAUUUCUGCUAAAACCACAUUAUUUCAUUCCAACAUCCUUCUAACAUUCCUUAAUUUUACAAUGUUUCUGUAAAUAAGCUUUAAAUUUCUUCCAAUCUUCUUCCAACCAACUCUUCUCCCUGGUCUCGGAUUCUGCCAGUCAUUUCCGCCAGUUCCAUGUAGUCCAUCACCUUCAUCUGCCAUUCUUCCCGGGUGGGUAGAUCUUGUGUCUUACCUUUUACUUUUUUACCUCAUGCAUGACGGUAUACAUGCAUUUUGACAUGUCUCUUUUUUAUUUUAAUGUCGUUUUAGUAAAGCUAUGAUACAAAUUUCUGAUUGAUGUGUACAUUGCUAAAACUAUGGAACUUGCUCUCUCAGCUUGGAUUCAUUUUAAAAGAGGAUUAGACAAAUAUUGCAGAGGAGAAAGCUCUUAAUAGCUACUAGACAUGAUGGCUAUAUCCUUGACUAUCAGAGGCGAUCUAUGCCUCUGAAUGCCAAUUGCUGGAAAUCACAAGUGGAGAAGGCAGUGCUGUUCCCCUCAGGUCCUGCUUGUAGGUUUCCCUCAGGCACCUGGUCAGCCAUUGUAAGAACAGGAUACUGGACUAGAUUGGGCCAUUGGUCUGAUGCAGCAGGACUCUUCUUAGGCUCUUAAAUUUUAUGUAUAGAAAGCAUACAUGCCUUCUAUACUAUUAAUAUUAAUUCGGCUGAUUAAUAUUCUACAGCCUCUUAAAUGUGUUUGUGGGUGGGUGGAGGGGUUAUUGUUUUGUUGUUUUUGUUUUAAAUAUUUAUUUUAGCUUUCAUCGCGUAUUUUUAAUUUUGUGAACUACACUGAGAUUUUUUGAUGAAGGAGGUAUAUAAAUUUAAUAAUAAAAAAUAAGUAUCUGUUGCUCCUCCCACUUUUGCGUCUGGCCCCGCCCACCAUUGGUAUGUGCACCUUGUAAUAAUGUCAAUUUCCUGUAUUCCUAACAAAUCUGUUUGCUUGGGCCACCAAGACACUUUGUUUCAUGAAACUGACUAAUCAGUGUUUCCUCUCAGAGAUUUGCUGCUUGGACGUAAUUAUGCAGUAUAUGUUUGCAGUGUUUCUCCUUGUACCAGUCUGGGUAUGUAAUCAGGGAAGGGGAGGUCUUUGAUUCAGUUCACAUUUAAAUAUUAAGCUACCUAGUUCACACUGACACAAUACGAAAAUGGAAACACAGCUGUCCUUUGAAAUUUGUACUCUGAAAUUUGUACUUCUCUUAAUUUUGAAGCACAGUUCUCUAGCCAAGUGACUUCUACAAAAAUUCAUACUUACUGAACUAAAGUGCGCAGUAAAAUGCAUAUAUCAGUUAAAAUAGUAUACAAAAAAGGCAUUGUAUUGCGGGGGGGGGAUUGCUAUAUAAAAAUGUGUGUAUUAGGAAAAUCACCAUACCAAGAUACAUAUAUUAGGGGAAGUAAAAAUGCUGAUGACUAUACACACACACCACAAACAUAUGUGAAAAUGUGGAGAACGGAAUAUAAGUCUGGGAAAUUAGAAAAUGAGAAAAGCUGAUUUUGCCAGAAUCUCCCAUCCCUAAGAUGUAAUACCCCACCCCCAAACAACACUUCAUGGAUUGGCAAUAGAUUUGUGGGUUUCUCCAAUAUCAGGGAUUGGGAACCUAUGACCCUUCAACUCCCAUAAUCCCUGGCCAUUGGAUGAUAGGAGAUUUAGCCCAGGAACAUCUGGAGGGUACCACUUCCCAGUCCUAUAUGAACCUCCCUAUAAAUUAGGAUAAUCUUCCAAGUCCCUCUUGCAUGUCACAGUUUGGAAAAAAAAAACAUGAGCAAGGACUUUUCUGCAGUAACACCCUGGUCCUCACCAUGUCCCCGGUGGUGUUCAGGCAGGCAAGGAAGACAUUCCACAUAGCUUUUAAUGUAGGGCUGGUAUUUUAUUGUGGGUGUAUUCUACACCAUGCUCUUGACCCAGAGGUCACUUCUGCACCAUAUAUUUGGAGGCGAGGGAAAGGGGGUGUUAUUGUUUUGUUCUGUUUUUCUUCCUGUUUGUAUUAUGUAUUUUGUGUUUUUAUCUUUUAUUUUGAUGCUGUGAGCCGCCCUGAGAUCUUCGGAUGAAGGGCAGUAUAAAGGUAAAGGGACCCUGACCAUUAGGUCCAGUCGUGACCGUCUCUGGGGUUGCGGCGCUCAUCUCGCUUUAUUGGCCAAGGGAGCUGACUGCACAGGUCAUGUGGCCAGCAUGACUAAGCCGUUUCUGGCGAACCAGAGCAGCGCACGGAACGCCGUUUACCUUCCUGCCGGAGUGGUACCUAUUUAUCUACUUGCACUUUGACGUGCUUUCGAACUGCUAGGUUGGCAGGAGCAGGGACCGAGCAACGGGAGCUCACCCCUUUGCGGGGAUUCGAACCGCCAACCUUCUGAUCAGCAAGUCCUAGGGCAGUAUACAAAGUUAAUAAAUAAUAAUGAAAUAAAAUAAUAAUAUAUUUAAAGCAUUCUUAUACCAUUUUAAACAGUCCUGGCUUCCCAUCAAAGAAUCCUGAAAACUGUAGCUUUUAAAGAGCUUGGAAUUGUAGCUCUGAGUUGGGUAAACUACACUUCCCAGGAUUCAGUGGUGUAAAUGUGUGUUAAAUCUAUUGUGCAGAUGUGACUGAUCAGGGUGUAUCAGCUAUGAUUUUUUUCUGCUUUAUUUGUUGCUGGUGGAUUUAUUCUACUUUAUUAGUUGUUGUUAUUCAUUAUGCACGCUUCACUGUAAGGCCCAUGGGCAGGUUACAGCACUUUGAAAUACAACAUUUGUUAAAUAAUGUUUCUCCAAUGCUACCACAUUAUUGCUGUCCUAAGGGGCUAUAGCGCAUCCAGAGUGGGACAAAAAUAAUAAUAAUACUCCAGAACAUUGGUGGUAUGAAAAGUUAAAGGAUUUCAGCAGUAAGCCACAAGACUUGCAGUGACUAGAAAUAAAGCAGUGUUUUUGCCUCCAAACCUUUGAAGAUGUAAACAGUAUUGAAAGUGGAAUAGUGUGUGGACACCCCAAUAGCAUCAUGGGCACGAAACAUUAGCCAUGCACAAUAAAAAGGACUUUUGGAGGAGUGCAAACUCUGUUCCCUUUUUAUUUUUAAGGCUUUAGUUUUAAUUUUCGUUCCUUGAUGUUUACAUGGGGGGGGGAACCAUUUGAGAGGGGCUUCGCUAGGGCUAGAAAAGCAACAUUAUAUAUGUGUGUGUGUGUGUGUGUGUGUGUGUGUGUGUGUGUGGCAUUUUGUAGUCCAAGAAAAGCUCCAGUCACUGUUCACUUUCUGGCCUUUAAAAGACUGCAAGUCAAGUCCUCUUGACUGCAACAGAUUAACAUGGCCACUAUCCCUCUGCAAUUGUUCUCCUCUGUUGAUGUUGUUGUUUUUCCUACUUGGAGUGGUUCAGAGGGUUAAACCUAUGAAGCUCUGGUUCCUAGAAAGGCCUGUGGAAAUUUGAGAUGAGAGCUGCAGAGAGAGAGAGAGAGAGAGAGAGAGAGGAAGGGGGGGGGGAGGAAGGCUCCCUUUCCUUUCCCUUCUCGUCCCGCCUCCUGCCUCCUGUCUGACAUGAGAAACGGCCUCUUGCAUCUCGCUUCCCAACCUGGGAGCAAUCGAAGGGCUGCGGCAGACACAAAGGCUGCAAGGCGCGGGUGAGUUCAAGGAAGGAAGGAAGGAAGGGGGGGGACACCCGGAUGCAAGGUACAAAGUAGAGGCAGAGGGAGGGGGGCUGAGUGGGAGAGACGAGAGAGAUGGGGAACUAAUGCCGGAGGGAAGGAGCAGGGGGUCCUCGGAGAAACUUAAAAGUGUGCAAAAUUCGACUCGGAGCACUUGUGUGUCCAGAUGCCAUGUGGUUUGACAUGGGUGCUGUAAUGCAGUCUGGAUUUGCACGGUUACCAGGAACUGUUAUUGCAGAAGAACUGAGAGAGAGGCAGGCUGUCACCCCGAGAGGCAGGGCCUAAAUUGGAGGCUUUCCAAACUGUGCCCCGGGGAAUCCUGGAGUCCCUCUGAAGCUGAGCUCCGCGAGAGGAUCAGUAAUGGCGGACCAGCUUCCUGGGGCAGCGGGCUGGGGGGAGGUGGGGGGGACCAGCUUCCUGUUGCCACUGAUCUUCCCCCCAGGCAGGUGGUGCAGUGUGUCUCAGGUGCAAUCAAAGAGGACGGGAUGGCGAGGCCCAAGCCCGCCUGGCCAGCACAGUGCAUGAGCUGAACAGAGCAUCCCACUCCUCGAAUCCUCUUGUGGGGAGUUCCAUGGCCAACAUAGCCAGCUAGAUGAGAUGAAAAGUGCUAGUCUGUGUUGGUCACUGGCCCUUUGGAAGUUGUUGGGGGACGCAUAUUCCCCUUACAAGUCCCAGAGUUCCCUGGGAAAGGGAACUGAGAGUUAAACCACUCCAGGAAUUAUAGCUCUGUGAGUUGAAUAGGAGUCUCCUAACAAUUCUUAGCACCCUGAACAAACUACAGUUCCCAGGAUUCUGUGGGGGAAGCCAUGACUGUUUAAAGUUAUAUAAUACUGCUUUAAAUACAUAGUGCAGAUGGGGCCUGGGAGAGGAAAGGAGAAAGUUAGGGGGAAGGGGGUCAGUCUCACAACGCCAAAGUGAGCCAGCAAGUUAUUUAAUACACAUUUAUUUCAUCUUUUAAGAUGGACCUUGGCAUCAGUUAUCGGUGUCCUGGUUACUUCCUGGCUGGAUUACAGCAAUGCUAUUCAUGUGAAGCUGCUUUAAAAAACAGACAAAACCAAUGCCUCAUAAACUUCCAAUUGAUGCAAAAUGUUGCUGACAGGCUUGAGAUCUGGUGCCUAAAAUUUGGAGUUUUGUGGCUCCAUCUGCGAUGGUUGUCUGCUUUUGUUUUGGAGCUUUAUUUCAUGAAUGGCUGCUAUUAGUUGUUAAGGACCUGGAAUGGCUUGGGGCCAGGUUACCUCAGUAAUUGCUUGCACCCAUGUGAACCAGUGGGCACUGAGGAUCAGCUUCGGAGGUCCUGUGCUCUGCCCUUUUCCAUGUGUGAAAUUAGAUGGGCCAUGAUGACAGAAGCGGCCUUUGGUGGUGGUGGCCCCACAAUUGUGGAAUGCCCUUCCCACGAAAAAUUCACUUGGCUUUUCUUUCUGCCUUUCGGUUGGUGCUAAGGCUGUAUACACUCCAUACGUUUAAAGCACAUCACAUGCCCCCCAAAACCCUGGGAACAGUCUGUAAGGGUGCUGGGAAUCGCAGCUGUGUGAGAGAUAAACUACAGUUCCCAUUAUUCUUUGGGAGGGAGUAAUGGAUGUGUUUUAAAUGCAUUGUGUGUGUGCAGCCUAAGGUUCUUUAUUUUUUAUUAAUUUUCUUGAAAACAAAAACACACAAACUAGCAACUUGAUGUUCUUAGAUCUUUGCUGAAGUUCUGUUAGCAGUCCCUCCAAUUGUCUUACACACUGUUGCUUUGUUAUUUAAGGGUCGACAACGUGGCACCCAAGAGUGCACAGGUUUCUGCAGAGGCCUAAAUUGGUGCUUUCUAGAUCGUCCUCCCCCUACUUAAAUUAGGCAUGGAAGAUGCAUUUUGUUGUAACCAAUAAAAGAGGUUGUGGUGUGUGCUCAUGAGUCCCAGAUUCAGUCCCCAGCAUCUCCAGGCAGGGUUGGGAGAGACUCUCCCACCUGGAACCCUGGAGAGCUGCUGCCAGUCAGUGUAGACAAUAUUGAGCUAAAUCAUGGGUAGGCAAACUAAGGCCCAGGGGCUGGAUCCGGCCCAAUUGCCUUCUCAAUCCGGCCCGCGGACGGUCCGGGAAUCAGCGUGUUUUUACAUGAGUAGAAUGUGUCCUUUUAUUUAAAAUGCAUCUCUGGGUUAUUUGUGGGGCCUGCCUGGUGUUUUUACAUGAGCAGAAUGUGUCCUUUUAUUUAAAAUACAUCUCUGGAUUAUUUGUGGGGCAUAGGAAUUCAUUCAUUUCUCCCCCCAAAAUAUAGUCCGGCCCCCCACAAGGUCUGAGGGACAGUGGACCGGCCCACAGCUAAAAAAGGUUGCUGACCCCUGAGCUAAAUGGACCAGUGAUCUGAUUCAUUAUAAGGCAACUCCUAUGUUCUGUGUCCCUGAAUAGACUAGGACCAGACCAGACUGUGGCCCGUGGACUUCAAUCCGGUGGUCUGCGGUGUGUGUGUAGAACAGCGGGUGCAGCAACUGUGAACAGUGGGUGCAGUGCAUUAAAUAUUCAUCUUGAGUUCUAAUUGUAUUUUUAUUGCUGCUUUUGUAUUGUAUUUUUUAAUGUAUUAUUGUACCUUCUAUUGUAGUCGAUGUAAAAAAUUAAAAUACAAUUUAAAUAAUGAAAGAAGCAAUAAAAAUACAGUUAAAAAUCCUGCAGCAUCUAGCACAGUGCAUUACAAUUGCUACAACGGACAGAAAAAACCCAUUAACUGGUCUGCCAAGACUCUCAGCAGUUUUCAAGUGGUUGGGGUGGCGUGGGGGGAAGAAUCAUAGAAUCAUAGAAUUUUAGAGUUGGAAGAGACCACAAGGAUCAUCUAGUCCAACCCCCUGCACUGCAGGGGGAACUGCUGAAGGAGGCUAUGUUUUUAUACAGAUCAGUUUAUUGUAGUCUUGGAGCUGCUGGUACAUAACAUGACGUCGUUGUUAUCAAAACGCUGUGCCACAUUUUGCUUGUCCACUCUCACCAUUUAAUCUGGAUUUACUGUUUCUGUGUUUUUUUACUUAGUGGAUUUUCGACAGAGACAGUAAAACCAGAUUAAAUGUGGAAAUAAUUUGAGCUGGCAUCUUGAUGUGUGCGGAUGCUGCACAAAACUCGCACGCAUUCGCAGCACUGAGCUCGCACUGAACUGCUGUGUGGAAAUGCCUUUGAACUGCAUUGAUGGAGCAACAUUGCCAGCAUUGGAAGAAACUUGAAUGACUAUGUUCUACUUCUGCGGUGGGAGGAAGCAAUGCUUCUGAAUAGCAGUUGCUGGAAACCACAGAAGGGGAGAGGGCUCGAGGGCUCGGGUUCUGCUUCCAGGCUUCCCAUAGGCAUGUGGUUGGUUAUCAUGAGAACUUUUAACUUGCUUUUUAUAAUUAUUUUACUGUAUGGUUUUAUGGCUUUCUAUACCCCUGUGAUACAAUGGUAUAUAAUUUUUUUUUUAAAAAAAUAAAUAAACAAGAAAGAAAGAAAUAGGACUAAGAUGGGCCAAUGGCUUGAUCUAGCAGGGCUCUUAAGCACAUCUGGUAGUGCAGCAAUAAAGCUGCUAGCACAUUCACAAAGCUAAGCAGGGUCUGCUAUGGUUUCAGAUUGGAUGGGGGACCAUGUGUUGAGAUUCCUGGGUUGGACCAGAAGUCUGUUGGGGCCCCUUCCAACUCUACAAUUCUAAUAUAUUUUUUAAUGUUCUUAUGGGUUAUCAAUCCAUUCCCAAUGGCAGUUCAAAGAUCUGCAGGGUAAAGAGUGGCUUGCCCCCCAUAGGUACAUGGGGAUCCAUUGUCCAAAUGGAACCAGUGAUAUAGGGAGAGGUGGGUUGUUCAUCGUAGGACAUCUUAAAGCAGAGUUUGGAUGUGAAAUUCCUACCCUCCUACCCCAACUUAAGUCUGAAAUGGGACAGAGCUAGGAACAUAGGAAGUGGCCUUAUCUUGGCCCAUCCAGCUUACUAUUGGCCACAUUGACCAGCAGAGGCUCUUUAGGGGUCUUUCUCUUAGCUCUACCUGGAUAUACCCGGUAUUGAACCCAGGACUUUUGGCCUGGAAAGCAGAUGCUUGACCACUGAGCUAGGAAUAUAGGGAGCUGCUGCUUGAAAUUGGUGUUUCUCCUUGUUGCAGCAGUCGUAAUGCGCUGAAAUAUAUGGAAUUAGAGCUGUGAUGUAAUGAAACCCAAGAAUAUAUAAGAAAUAAAAGAAGCAACUGACCUGCAAUUAAAAAUCAAUGAAUAUUUAAUGAGAUGGAUGGGCUAUCUCUUGUCUUCAACCACAAAUCCACAUACACACUGCAGGCCACUGACAUGAAGCUCAAGGUCCUCCUCCUGAGGUCCCAUAUUCUCAUCCCCCAGCUUGCUCCAGCUCCCAAAUCUUCUUCCAUUCCUGCUCAUCACCCUCUCCAAGACAUCUCCAUGGGGUUUGAGACACAAGGUUGUUCUUCUGCUCUUAAUUCAGCAUAAGCUCUCAUUGGUCGCCCCCCGCCCCAUUUUUGGGAUACAUAACAAAAUUUACUUUUCCCUCUUUCCCAUUCAGGAGCUGGAUUCGGAAACCAAAAUGGAGGAACAGGAACCUGCAGGACCCGAACCACGGGAGACUUUGGAGGGGGGAGCCCGAGACCUUCAUGUUGUUCAGGUCGGGGCCACCGGGGAGUUGAUGGAAGGGGCCACGCCUCAGCAGUUUAAACGGGAGCCGGAGGACCAUUGUUGGGAGUCCCAGUUGCAGGACUUCUUGAAGGCGAUGCAGCCCUCCCGUUCGGGAUGGAGGAACCCGCAACCACCUCAGUACUCACUAGGAGAAGACACCAAGUAUUUCCAGACCUCCUUCAAGGGAGGGGCUGAAGGUGGCCGGUGGCCUAAGGUCGAGUGCAUGGACCAGAGCCCCCCGGGCCUCAGUGGAGACAGCAGCAAGGCCUACGAGAGCAGCCGAGAGUCACCGGUGAAAGUGAAGGAGGAGGUUCUGGACGAGGAUCUGGUCAACGUCGAGAUGAGGCGGCAGCGCUUCCGCCUCUUCUGCUACGAGGAGGCCGAGGGGCCCCGAGAGGUUUGCAACAAGCUCUGGGAACUUUGCCACCAGUGGCUGCGGCCGGAGACUCACAGCAAGGAGCAGAUCCUGGAAUUCCUGAUCUUGGAGCAGUUUCUGACUGUCCUGCCUCCGGAAAUGCAGAGCUGGGUCAGGGACCAGGGCCCCGAGACUUGCACCCGAGCCGUAGCCCUGGCAGAGCGGUACCUGCAAGAGUCCGAGGAACCCGAACAUAAGGCAAUUGUUUUGGAUUAAGGGUUUGGGGUUAGUGGUAACUACCUGCAGCAUUCAUGUUUUUUAUACUUGUCUGACUAUUCUGCAUCUCUCUCUCUCUUUUAAAAAAAUUAGCUGUCAGGCUCCUUGGAGAAGCCAUUUAACUCUCCCAUGUCAGAUCAUUCGCCAGCUGCUGUCCUGAAGAUGCAGCUCCCCUUGGAGGAAAAGCAGGAGGAUGACUGGGAGGCCACCUUAUCUGGUAAGUAUUCCUGCAACCCCAGGGGCGAGGGACUCUCACCAACCCCAGCCAAUAUGUCCAAUGCUCAGGUAUGAUCAGACUUGAAGUCCCCUGCUGUCUCCUUGAUCACUCUUUCUCAGUCUAAACCACCUCACAGGCUUGCAAGUGUAGCAGAGUUGUUAGAGUGCCAGACUAGAACCUGGGGGACCACGAUUCAAAUCCCCAUUCAGCCAUGCAGCUCACUGGGUGACCUUGGGCCAGUUAACUGCCUCUCAGCCUAGCCUACCUUGCAGGGUUGUUGUGGAGAUUAACUGAGGAGGGGGAGAAACAUGUACACCACCUUGAACUCCUUGGAGAAACGCCACCUUGAGCUCAUUUUUGAGUAAGGGUGGGGAUCGCUGGAAUAAAUAAAAUACAGUGGUACCUCGCAAGACGAAUGCCUCUCAAGACGAAAAACUCGCAAGACGAAAGUGUUUUUCGUUUUUUGAGUUGCUUCGCGAGACGAAUUUCCCUAUGGGCUUGCUUCGCAAGAUGGAAACGUCUUGCAAGUUUGUUUCCUUUUUCGUAAAACCGUUAAUACCCAGGGUGCAUUGCUUGAAGAGGUGCAGUUGCGACUUGACUUUGGGGAGCAACUCAUAGCACGCGGUGUGGUAGCCUUUUUUGAGGUUUUUGAAGAUUUUUUUGAAAAAAUUGAAACCGUGCUUCGCAAGACGAAAAAACUCGCAAGACGAAAAAACUCGCAGAACGAAUUAAUUUCGUCUUGCGAGGCACCACUGUAACGCAGUAUUCCGUUGUGGAAUUAGCUUGUCGGUGUUAGCUAAAUGGAAUCUCAUGGUUUGUUGGGAGGUCAAAGAGGAAAGAAGGCUGUUGCCCACACAUCCUGUUUGUGGGCUUGCUAGAGGGGUACCCGGUUGGCUACUGUGGGAAAGAGGAAGCUGGCCUCUGGGGUGAUGCAGCAGGGCCCUUCACUACGAUUCUUAUAUAGUGGUACCUCGGGUUAAGAACUUAAUUCGUUCUGGAGGUCCGUUCUUAACCUGAAACUGUUCUUAACCUGAAGCACCACUUUAGCUAAUGGGGCCUCCUGCUGCCGCCGCGCCGCCGAAGCCCAAUAUCUGUUCUCAUCCUGAAGUAAAGUUCUUAACCCGAGGUGCUAUUUCCAGGUUAGCGGAGUCUGUAACCUGAGGCGUAUGUAACCUGAAGCGUAUGUAACCCAAGGUACCACUGUAUUUGUGUUCCAACAGGCAAUGAGCAAGUGCAAGAUGACGACGACGAGGAGUCAUCCUUUCAGGCCGACCGGCCUGAUCAAGUGGGUAUUGGUGGGGCAUCGCUGGAAAGAGCCAAAGGGAAAGGUUUCCAGGGCCUUGAGAUGGACGGGAAGACUGAAAGUCGCCAGGGGCCUGAAGGUCACCUGGAAAGCCCUCCUGGGAAGGCUGCCAAGCUUUCUGAGGAAGGUGAGAGGGGCUUACGCGAAGGUUCCUCCCAGGAGGGAACCCACAGGCACGCUGACUCGGGGGAAAGCUCCUGCCAGAGCUUUGGCCAUCAGGAAAUGCAGCCGAUUGAAAAGCCCCACAAAUGCUCCUUUUGCGGGGCAAGCUUCUACGAGAGAACCCACCUGGUGAUCCACGAGAGGAUCCACACUGGGGAGAAGCCCUACAAGUGCUCUGUGUGCGAGACCUGGUUCUCGCACCCCUCUGAGCUCAUGAGGCACGAGGAGACCCACAUGCCCGAGAAGCCUCACAAGUGCGCGGUCUGCGGGAAGAGCUUCAACCAGAAAGCCUCCCUGAUCACCCACGAGAGGACCCACACGGGCGAGAAGCCAUACGAGUGCUCCGAGUGCGGGAAGAGCUUCAGCACCAGCUCCCAGCUCAUCACGCACAAGAGGGUCCACACCGGAGAGAAGCCCUACAGCUGCUCGUACUGCGGCAAGAACUUUAACCAGAAAGCCUCCCUCAUCACCCACAAGCGGACCCACACGGGAGAGAAGCCCUACGAGUGCACGCUGUGCGGGAAGAGCUUCAGCGCCUGCUCGCAGAUCAUCAACCACAUCCGGGUGCACACCGGAGAGAAGCCCUACGAGUGCUUGGAGUGCGGGAAGCGCUUCGGGAGCAGCUCCCACCUCACCGACCACAAGAGGACCCACACGGGCGAGAAGCCGUACAAGUGCCCCGACUGCGGCAAGAACUUCAGCCGGAGCUCCAACCUGACGGCGCACAGCCGGAUCCACACGGGAGAGAAGCCAUAUAUAUGCUCAGGGUGCGGCAAGAGCUUCCGGCAGAAAGCCUCCCUCAUCACACACAAGAGAACCCACACGGGAGAGAAGCCUUUUGAGUGCUCCGAGUGCGGCAAGAGCUUCAUCUCGAGCUCUCGCCUCGUCAGCCAUAAGCGGGUACACACGGGGGAGAAGCCCUACGAGUGCUUGGAGUGCGGGAAGUGCUUCAUUUCCAGCUCCCACCUCCUAAGUCACAAGAGGGUCCACACGGGAGAGGAGCCAUAUAAAUGCGCGUAAGAGCGGGGAGAGGCUUUGGUCACUAGGCUGGCCCUCCUGAUGGGGCCACUUCACCCAUCGCCCCGGCCAGGAAUCUUGUAAAUCAGGGAUGGCCUUAGCUUCUGUAAUCUCGAGGGCCGUUUUUAUUCUCUAACAUUAAGGCGCGGAAUCUCUCUUACAAUUUAGAAAGAAGACACGUAUAUUUUUUCUCUCCAUAGGUAUAAGUUUCCUCCAAAGGCUGGUCAUUCAUCCUGGCUGUUAAGGCUUGCUGGUGUGAUGGGCACCAACAUGGCUAGGCCUGUGGUUUGUGCAGAUCUCCCAGCCUCCAGCCCAUGAAGAGUGCGCAAGUGUGGCACAUGUGCAUGCUGCAUUCCCCACCUCCAUCCCCCAUACAUAAGGGGAGAUGCACACAUUCGGCUAGAAGGACCCGUGGUCUGACUUGGCGCAAAGCCAGCUUUGUUCUUAUGGUGCCUGCCACCUGCCUGUGAGUCCCAGCUAGCAAACUCUGUAGACCAUCCCUGAGGUCAAGGGAAGGGCCGUGGCUCACUGGCAGUACACAAGCUAUGCAGUUCCAGACUCAGUCCCCACAGCCUCCAGCUAGGGCUGGGAGAAUCCUGUGCCUGGAACCAUAGAGAGCAGCUCACGGUCAGUGUAGAAAGUUCUGAGCCAGAGGGACCUGCGGAUUGACCGUAUAAGGGAACUUCCUGUGUUCUGGUGACACUCUUUGGGUCAGGGAUGGGGCCCUUUGCCUGGUGUUGAACUGCAACUCCCAUCACCCUUCUCUGCUGGCCAUGUCAGCCAGGGCCAUUGGGAGUCAACAACAUCUGGAAGUUCCCUAUCCCUGCCACAGAGAAUAGCCAAGGUGGAGGGUGGGCAGGACUCGGCAUGGAGAUGAACAAUUCAGCUCUUCCAAGGCAGUGUCUCUCAAGGCAGCUUUCCAGAGCAUCUCGUCCACUGAAGCAGCCCUGAACGGUCGCCGCCACAAAAUGGGAGUGUGUUGCAGAGGAUUCUGGGAAAUUUAUUAUGACAUACACCCACCCACACAUAGUUUGCAUGGAAACACCUGCCUGGGCCUCUUGGGCCUCUAAACUUGUCACCGCCUUGAAGCCCGACGGUGUCUUUCAGCACACCCAACACACUCUUAUAGAUGAGCAUUUCAUUGGUUUUGAGAAUAUUCGUUGCAUUGUGGUGGCCUCGCUUUCCUUUCAGAGGACAGCUUGUCCUCCAUUUCCUUUCUUCUCUUCUGAGAAAUUGCCAAACAUUCCCAUUCGCACCCCAGGAUGUAGUUUGAAAACACUUCUGAUAACUCUGUCCUCCUUCCCUUUUCAUUGGAAAGCUGGCAGGGUAUGGAUUUGUAGAAGCAAAAGUAUUUUAUGGGAUGGCAGGAGACCUGUAUAACUGUUAUUCUCCUCUGCCACCCAACCACUGCGCCACAAGUUUCUUGCAGGCAAAUGAUCCUCUGCUGCACCUGGCUGUGAACAAAUUCAUCCAGUCCCACUGUGUUUUACCACCCCUAGCCUGUGACGUGUGGCCCUAUUUUUGUCCCCCCGUCCUGAGUGAAUCUAGGGCAAGCUCACCUCUGCCCUUCAUUUUUCUGCCUGAGUGGAUGGGGGAUAUUUGCAUGCAUGCUGUACUGACCUCCUCUGAGGGCCUGACCGAAUAGUCAAGGCCAUGAGCUAAGCACGCGUUGCAGGUAGAGCACCGCAAAUGGUCCCCUCCCCGCCCAGAAAUAUGAUGUAAAGCGCUAGAUGUAUCAUCCUUUAACUGCUUUCAAGUUCACAGCAGAGGUGCCUGCCCCCAGUCUUAACAUAGAAUCAUGGAAUUGUAGAGUUGGAAGGGAUCCCAAGGGUCAUCUAGUCCAACCCCCUGCAAUGCAGGAAUGUUGAGCUCUUGCUGCUCACUUGCUUGGCCCGAGUAAUUCAAGCCUCUUUCCAGACCCGUUGUAUUAAUCAGCCAAGGGAAUAUAUAGUUUUGCAGAGCGAUGGUGGGGAACCUCAGCCCCUGGGGUCCAGAAUGCGGCCCUCCAGACCCCUUUGCCACUAGUUUGAAGUUCCUGGGAGGCCGCCCACGAGGGACUGUGCCCUCUGGCUGGGAAAGUUUCCUAUAGAGGCAGAAGGUAGAUUGGGAUUGUGGUGAUAGUUGCAGCAGGUUGACAAAUAGAUUCUGACUCCUGGUUGUUUUACAGGAGCUAAGCACACCCAACUCCCAAGAAACCUCCUGGGCUGCCAAAAUGGGAAAAACUAAGUAGUGAUGGAUUGUAGUAUAGAAGGACUGUAAGCUCAGUUCAGUUCUGGUACUGGAAACAAGCUAGGCUUAGCAUGUGUUUAGGAGCACCCUGUUGUGUUAAAGAAUUGAUUUUUUUGGGGGGGAGGGGUUAACAUGACUCUGCAGACGGUCCUGGACUCUGACUCCCAGCAGCAUCAGCUAGCAUGGCCAGUGAACAGGCAUCAUGGGAGUUUAAGUCUCAGCAACCUCUAGAGGGCUGCAGGUUCCCCAUCUCUGAUACAUAGCAAAUGUGGAAGCAGGGCUGAGAAACCAUUCGAGUCCUGAAAACCAUAGUUUGUCAAGGCUGCUGUUGUCCUCAUGGAACAGUUCCCACACCCUUAACAAACUACGGUCCCCAGGAUUCUCUAGGACUGCUAAAGUGGUGUAAGAGUGCCCUGAAUGCACUGGGUGGGUUAGGGAUGAGGGAGAUGUUGGAUUCAAUUUGCAUUUAAAGGCGAGCUUGCCUAAUUUGCGUCUUCUGAAACAAUGCGCGAUCCAAAACACAGCCAUCCUUUGAACUUUGCACUUCUCUGAAUUUUGCCAUGCGGUCGUGCAGGCAAACAGUGUGUACAAAAUGCAUAUACUAGGGUAAGGUGUGCAUAUAAAUGCACAUGUUAGCAAAAAUACCAUUAAAAUGAAUUAUAUUAGAGGAAAUUGCUUUGGGGAAAUGUGCGUUUUAGGCAAAAUUACAUGCAAAAAAUGUAUAUAUUAGGAAAAAUUCACACUAAGAUGCUGAUGAAUUUUCAUGAGGACUUUUUUUUUUAGAGGAGAAAAUUGCAAACUGAUGUGGAAAAGCAGAGAAAUGAAUUUAAGAUUGGGGGAAAAUGAGAAACUGUACUUGACAUAUUUGUCCAUGCCUAGUGUGGAUAUGACCUUAGUAUGGGGGUACUGGAAGAGGAGGAGGACUAAGGAGUGGAGAGCAAAUUGCAUAAAGUGCGUGUGAGUGAGAAAAUUAUAAAAGCAGGUUAGGUGCAUGUGCAUUUUUUUCUUGGAGAAAGGGUGAUUCUCUGGCCCGGUUCAGACGUGCAUGUACUGUACACUAGCAACUAAACACGUCUCUCUUGCAAAGGUCCAGUUUGAGGUGAAUGUGAGGAGAAGUGCAAACUCUUUGCUGUCUUCUUGAUUCGACCACAUGUCACAUCACUUGAAGCCUGCCUACAGCUGUCCAUCAAUGAGCAGACAUGUUGGCCUGCCCCAAAGCGGACAGUUGGCAUGUCCUGGAUAAAGUGGUGCUCCCAGGAAUAACUGGGAUGCGGAGGGAAGGAAGGAGACUGCUUAACUGUCCCCCUCCAGGAUGAAGAGAACGGCGCUUUAUGGGGAAAUUACAUAAUGCUGUGGUGGGAAACCGUGGCCCUCCAGGUAAAAUUGGACUACAACUCCCAUCAUGCCUGACUAUUGGCUAUGCUGACUGGAGCUGAUGGGUCUUGGAGUCCGCCAACAUCUGGAAGACUACAGAUUCUCCCGCCCAGCUUUUAGUGUUCACUGUGGUAUACAGUGUUGUUUUUCCAGAAAAAGAGGUGCUGGAACUCACCGUGAACACCUCUUGUACAGUCAAACCUCGGUUGUCAAACGUAAUCCAUUCUGGAAGCCUGUUUAGCUUCUGAAACGUUUGACAACCAAGGCGUGGCUUCCGAUUGGUUGCACAAGCUUCCUGCACUCAAGCGGAAGCUACGUUGGAUGUUCAGCUUCCAAAAAACAUUCGAAAACUGGAACAUUUCCUUCCAGAUUUUUGGCGUUCGGGAGCUGAGUCAUUCGAAAGCGGGGCUGUUCAGGAGCCGAAGUUUGACUGUAAUGGCAAUGGCGGCCGCCUGAGGGGUGCCAAAACUGAGUUCUGGAGAGUUCUGGCUGAAAAAAAGCCCUGGGUGUAUACAAGAUGAAGAAAAGCGAGUUCGUGUAGGAGAGUCAGAACAGGGCAGCAUGCUGGGAGCAGACGAGAAAUUAAUUUAGAUCUCACCCACCCAAAAGGUGGACAUGUCUUCUUGCAAAGGCAGAAAGGGAAGGUUUCAUGGGUGCUGCCAGGUGAGCUGUUUGUUGAGCCUUCGUCCUGCUUUGCUUGCUUGAUUAGAACGGCAUUCUGGUUUGUUCGCGAGGAGGCUAGAUGGCGUAACAUUGAGGCAAGUGUUUUCCCACACUUUCCUGAGCAUUUCCCCUCCCCUUUGCUUAUUGUAAGGAAGUAGGUUUGUUGUGCAAGAGCUCCAAAUGAACUAUCAACUAUCUUUGCACAACCCUGAUUUUGCUCACAUUGUGAUCCUCCUUGCAAAUAAUGACAACCUGGAAGUUCAGCACUUGGGAUCUAGAAAGGAGUAAAGGAAGGGAUUUUUAAAUAAAUAAAUACAAAUAAUCAAUAUUUUGAAAGAUAGAGAGAUAACGGUAGUCUUUUUGCUCCCCUCUCCCCCCCCCUUCCACUAGUAGGGCUGUUUUAGCUUGAUCUGUUUUUCCCCCUCUUCAUAUAUCUAGGAUUGGCCAGUUAUGGCAGGCUGUUCCCCAGGUGGUGUUAAACUACAACUCCCAUUAGCUAUGCUGGCUGGGGCAGGUGGGAGUUGUAGCACAACAGCACCUGGAGGGCACCUGGUUGGUGAAGGGUGCUAUGGGCACUCAGUAUAAAUUGGGAACAACAUGAUAAGGAAUCCUUGCACACUUAAGGCAGAGCUUGGGAGCCUGCAGCCCUCUCGGUGUUGCUGUGCUCUCCACUCCCAUCAACUUCAGCUAGCGUAGUCAAUAGGGAUGAUGGGAAUUGUAGUCCAACCACAUCUGGUGGGCCAGUGGUUCUCUCCCCCUGUGCUAAGGUAACAACGGCAGCAUCUGCCCCAUAAUUUGCAACUUUUUCAAUGAGCUCAGGGCCAAAUACAAAUGGAAAAGGGGGCAGGCAGGAGUGGAAAUCCUUUUUUGUCCUAACGAUAACCCUGUGAGGGAGACAAGGCUGGAGAGGAGGGACUUCCCAUAUGACGCUCAGUAAGAGUGAAACUAGAUGUGGGGUGGGAGAAGUUAAUUGUAUAGUUUAUUCAAUCCUGAUUUCUUUUUUUUUAAGCAGGGGAAUAAAGAUUGUGAUGGUAGAGGGAGGGGUUGUUCAUCCCACGACGUGGAGUGUGUUUGGAGGGUGUGGGGGGACGAACCUUGAACCCUCCCCAGCUCCCCUUUCCUUGCUCAUUGUCUUGAAGCAGUUUCCUCACUGGCAGUGAGCUGGAGAGAAAAAUGCUUGAAAUACAAUGACAAGGAAGGAGGCAGCAUUUUGCUCCUCUCCCUUGCAAACACCCUUUUUUGUGGAAAAUUAGCCUCCAACCUUUCUGAACCCAAGACACUCACUAUCAGCUCAGACACUUAAUGGGGGUCCUCUCCCUCCCCCCCCCCCAUUUCUAUACACAAACAGUUAAAGAGAUAAACAAACAUGACGCUCCAUCACAAUUAGUUUCUCUUUCAUGGAUGAGGGGACAUUUGAACCUGGCUCCCCUGGCUUUGCUGUACCGUGACAACAGGGAACACAGUGCCUGGAAGGGCAUGGGGACGGUAUCAUCCUCUCUAGGACUUCAGAACAAGGUCUUGCCCAAGCCUCCACAAGAAGAACAUGGCCACACUUCCAUCUUCCUACAAGAAGUAAGAGGGGUCAGAAAAUGGACGCCUUUCUCAAAGAUGGGGCAUCAUGAAAUGGAUGCCUUUCUUGGAAUCUGCCUGUACUGCUGGGAGAAAUUGAGCUGCACCGUCUCUCUUGAAAUUAUCAGCCCACCGCCCUCCUCCAGCUUCCCUUGACCUCACUUAUUCUUAAAUCCACCUUUCACGUCCGUUUAUAUCCCUCGACGUGUCUGCAUGUUUGCUGUUCACAUGAAGAGGCACAGGGAGAGGUGAACACUGCUUCCUUCCUAUGAAUGUUUGUGAAUCUGUAGUUGUAAAAAUGCAUUAAAAAAAACCUUAAAUUCAAUUUAUUAGGGAUAUGCAUUACUUGUAGAUUUUACAUUAAAUUCUCCCC